AUGGUUGAGACUGCUCUAGCAGGAUUUUUAUGUUGUCCAAUCUGCAGUAGCUUCAUGGCUGUCCUAGCCAUUGAACCUAAGACCAAACUUAAAGCUCAGUCCAUAAAGGAAUUUAUGAAAAAAUCUUUCGAUAUGCUCAUGGGUGUAACCAGCUUUGAAAAGAUGGAUUACACCAUCACCAUUGACGUCGCAGAGAUAUGA